AUGAACAUGUUGGACGUAGAAGAAGACAGCUUUCACGUCACACGUGAAGGCUACUCCCAUCUGAGUGACUCAGAGUGGGAGGUAUUCGGCCGCAUGAGUGUGCCCAUGGGCGAACCCGCCAUCAGUGGUAUGUUGUCGUCUCGAAGCAGAGACCAGCAACAUGCUGCUAUCAACAAGUUUCUAAAAGGGGAACUUGCCGUCGAACGACAGAAGAUAGCCUUGCCACAGCAGCAAGACUCUCAUCAUUCGAUGGGUGGGCCGACGCACACGCGUCAACCCGAGACCUAG